GUCCCUGUGCUGCACGGGCUGCAGCGAGACCUGACCGCUCUAAAACCCAGAGACGCACUGGAGCAGUCCUGCGGCCCCCGGGCCCGUACAGAUUCCUGCAGGAACCCGCAAGCGCACACAGGCAUGAGCGCUAGCCAGGACUGCUGUCUUAGAUCUUAGGUUUGGAAGUUGCAGUACAGAGCAUCAUCUCCUUCAUAUGACUAGAAUUGCACAGAGGCACAGAAAUCUGCUUGUAUGAAAUAACAUGCAGAUCAAGGCUUCAGAAAGGGGGAAAAUUGCUAGGCCUCCUGAUAUCAAUGGAAACUAAGAAUUAAACUCUAGGCUUUCACUGAUCAACAAAGGAUGGAAAAGGCACUAAAAAUGAUAAACAAAUUUUUGCAAAAUCUUAAAAAUUGACAGACACUCAGAGGAAACUAUAUUGUCUGAAGAAACUACUUAACCUUUUCAGGUCCUCAGUAACUUCUGGAUGGCCACAAUCAGGGCAAUAAUACCAAUAAAGAGGGUAAUGCGGCAAGUGAGGUGUAACUAGAUGAAAGAGACAGUGUGUGAUGAGAGAGAAAUGGAGAAGACAAGACAGAAAAACUGAAAGAAAACUGAAGAAGGGAGGCCAAGAUACAGGAGGAGGGAAUUCCUGGUCCUAGUUGGCAUGAAGGUGAAAAUCAACAAUGUGACCAAGACGUUCUAUAUAAUUAAAGCAUAGAUGAAAGGCGGAGCCCAAUUUUUCUGUUCCAUAGUGCUGAAGAACAAUGGCUACAUUCAGCAACCUGACUAUUGGCAUUGCUCUUGCCAGUUUUACUGUAUUUCAGCUUCUGUUCCAUGUUUUGAGCUCUUGGGUGUCAACCCGAGUAACACCUGGUUUUAACAAUCUCAGCCAAAAAAGGAAGAUCGAAUGGAAUUCGAGGACAGUGUCCACAUUCCACGCCUUGGUGGUUGGUGGAUUUUGCCUGUACAUUUUGUUGUACGAUGAUGCUGUUAAUGCUGACCACCUCUGGGGUGACCCUUCAAUUGUGAAACUGAAUAUUGCUAUUACCACAGGCUACCUCAUUUCUGAUUUGUUGCUUAUUAUUUACUACUGGAAGGCAAUUGGUGACAAAUUUUUUGUAAUACAUCACUUGGCAGCUCUGUAUGCUUACUAUUUUGUACUGAGCAAAGGUCUGUUGGCUUAUUUUGGAAACUUCCGUCUGCUUGCAGAAUUCUCCACUCCUUUUGUCAAUCAGCGGUGGUUUUUUGAAGUACUGGGAUAUCCCAAAUCUUCGAAGGCCAACAUCAUCAAUGGUGUGCUGAUGACAGUUGUGUUCUUCGUGGUGAGGAUUGCCGUCAUGCCUGUAUAUUACAGCCACGUAAUUUCUUCAUUUGGAACAGAAGCUUUCCAGAGAUUAGGAUUUGCAGCCCAGAGCGCCUGGAUUAUCUCAAGUUUUGUCCUGGAUAUUAUGAAUGUGAUGUGGAUGGUCAAAAUUGCAAAAGGAUGCUACAAAGUCAUUUGUCUUAUUGGACGGGAGGAAGCCAAAACUCAUAGAAAUGGAAAAUCUGACUAGAAGUAGUAUGCAUAAGAUGAAAUUUCUGCUAUGAAAAUAAUUAGGGUUCACUGAAGCAGUGCACAUUUCUGCCAUGGGAUGCUCCUCUUAAGGAAACAAGGUAUUACCUCUGUACUGACCUUCCUGUCCUCAGCCACACUGCCUGCACACCCAGGGCCACGCUUGGGGGAUCCUGUCCCAUGAGGAAUAGAAGCAAAAGCUCCCACCAUUGAGUUCCACGUGUCUGUUCUAAGCGGUUACAAGCUCCUGGAAUUAGAAAGGAGCAGACUGGUUCCUUGCUUGUUGUCCACCAGUGUGUUCGAAGUGUUUCACUCAGGUUUCUCAGAUUAAUGUGUUUUAUAAAUCCAGUGAAUACUGACAUCACUCUUUUUCUAGAAAACAAACUCCCCGAACUCCUGAUAUGGUGCAAUUUUCCUGGCACAUUUCUAUGUUUUCUUCUAGGAAUAACAAUCAAGAUUUAAUUCUUGACAACUUUUUAAUUUUUUGCAAGAAAAGCUAAAAAUUUAGCUUUGAUUCUGUGAAGUCUUUUACUGCUUUUUGUUCUGCCUUAUAUGAAUGCAAACCAUUUUGGGAAAUUUAUGAAAUAAUUUUCUCUAAAAUGCUGUAUUAUAAGACUACAUAAUAUCUUUUAAAAUGUUAAAAUACUCUGAUUUUGAUGGGCAGGAUUCACUUUUGCUGUGUUAGGUUAUAUGCAAUAGUACAUCUUAAUCGCCCAAGGAAUUUUUUUCAUAAUAUAUUAAUAGUAUGGUAAAUUAUGUGUGGAAACAGCAUCAUUCUUAUUUGAGUGCUUUUUCCUUUGCUGCUACUACCUUUGAGAAGUGCUAGUACUCUUCUCAGAGUAUUUUUAACCCUUAGCUAUUUGGAUGCAAAGUUUAAUUGUAAAGAGAGAAAAUUCUUCUGCAUAUGUGAUGUGUAACUUGCAGUAAUAAUUCUUUUUCUUUUAUUGCAGAAAUAACACAUUUAGUAUCAAGCAUUGAGUUUUUUUGUUAUGUUUUCCUUGUUAAUCACAUCGGAAAUCUGAGGUGUUGGCCAAAACCAUUAUUGAAUUUACUGUGCCAAACUUCUGUAAAGCUGUACGAUAAUUUUGUAGAAUGACAGUUCACUUCUGUAGGCACGUUCUGUUUUUUUAAAAACCAUGUAUUUGUCAAGAGAUACUCUGUUCCUUAUUCUGCAAACUUAAAUGCUUGGAGGACAUCAGAGAGGAAUCUUAUGAUCUAGGAAUAGUCUAGUAUCUAAUAUAUAUUUUUUCAUUUAUUUUUAAAUGAUUGUCCAGAGCUGUGUUUGUGUGUAGUUUGGUUUUGUUUUGCUUACUUUAAACCGUAUCUGAAUUGGGACCGAUUGAAUUCUGGGUUUGUUCUGUUUUGUUGACAUUACUCGUUAUUUGUUAUCCCUUCUGGUAAGGCGUGCUAAAAGCAUCCAUAUUCACUCAGUGCUUCCCUACACAUCCCGAUUACUGUAGCAGACUGUUUAAGCAGUUUGUUUUUAAACAAAAAGAUAAAAUAUUUACCGUGUGUAGGAUAAGUGGUUUUCCUGCAGCACAGCGGCUGACACGGGCUGUCCCCUCUGCAGUGGGGCCGCGGGUGCCCUUGUCCCAGGGUGAGGGAUGUGGCCUUCCCAUCCCCCAGCACUCGGAGGUCUGUGACACCCCAGGGGAGGCUGAACUGCCCAAUGACAGUGGUGGCCGCUUUAGUUCCCCAGGUGAAAUGACACCAGGACUGUUGCUUGGGCCGGCGUCACGCGUGCUUUGUUAAGCCCAGUCCCACUGCGCGCCUGGGCCGGCUUGUUCCCAAACCGUUUCCCAGUCCUGCCUUGUUAAGGGAGAUAUCAAGGAUCAUUAAUACUUCUAUUUUUUUUACUCUGUGUUUAUUAAUACUUCUCAGGCCUGCAGACAAAGGUUCUGUUUAUGCUGUGGGGAAGUCAGCGAUUAAUUUGUUGAGCUGUACAAUUUGGGUGAGCGUGGUACCUUCCGUGGGUACCAGUAAAUCCAUCACCUUGGAGAGCUGAUCCGUUGACCUCUGUGCUGAAAGGAACAGACCCCUUUUGUACUCAUUUGCAGAACCUGGUCUCUUUUAAAGUAGUGAUUUCAGUGUAUCUAAUGCAAAAUCUAGGCUACAGGUUCGAUGUUUCUAUCACCUUUAUGAUUUAAAGGUGCAUGCAAAAUACUUUUUUCUUGUUCUUUUUAAGUCAUUAGAUCAGGGAAUCAUUUUGUAAUAGCUUGUUCCUUUCUAAAAUUUUAAAUAGAGUAAAUUCGAACAAUUUGGAGAAUGCGUUUGAAAGUAGAAAUCUGUGUUUAUUUGAGAAGUAGGAUGAAAAACAUUGAUAAGAUGGAUGAUUUGGAGCAAUUCUUAAUGUGAUAACUCUUGUAAACUUUUUGAAAUUCAUCCCUUCCUAGCACUGAUCUUGAACUCCCCCCCACCCCGUGGGGAACAUUAAUUAAAAUGAUCCAUUUCCUUCACUUCUGGAUAGACUUGUGUCUGAUGGAGGGGGAGAGAAAACCUAAGUCAAGCUAUAAUAAAAUUAUGUUAAAACUAGACUGAAAACAAACAAAAAAGCUCCUACAUAAUACACUCUGGGCAACAAUCCAUAAUGGAAGAGUAGUGGGAUAAUUAUUUUAAAACAUGUAAUAUUUUGGAUUGCUGUACAAAAUUAAUGUAAUUAAAACAAUAUUUUGCAAUGCAUUAGGUUUAAAUUUUCUAUUUUUUUCAUGCAUUGCAGUUAUGUCCUGAUGCAUCUACUAUGUGUCAGAAGAAAACUUUAUAAUGAAAAAAGUGAUUAAUACUUAUGUAUUCAGCAAGGACUGUAGUAAACAGUCUGCAAAGUUGUGAUGUACUGAAUACAUUAGUAUAGGGCAUUGUUUACCUGCCAUUACAAGCUUAUAAUACAGCAAAUUAGAUAGCUGUGGCACCCAUUUUUCAAUUGCACUUUAUUAAUUUAAAAACUGUGGUGAAAUAGUGAUGAAAUUUAAUGUUGCAACUUGUGUCUUUGCUUUUUUAUGCAAGAAAGUAGAAGCAUGAUAAGUAGCAUAAUAACAAAUGCUACCUUUAGAAUGUAUUAUUAUCUUAUUAGUGGCUUAAAACUUGUAUUUUUAACCAAUGCAUUGUCUAGUGUAAAAGCAGACUCUUGGUAUGUCACCAGGUGUCUUUGCCAUGGACACAUCAAAUGGAAGGAGUUAAUCGUGUAAAAAACAUUCAGAUAUCUUGUUUUUCUUUUCUUUUACACUCUUUAGUAGCAGGCGAUGUAAAAUUAGCACGAUGGUCAUGGGAAAGUCUAUUUGUACUGCUAAGGCUGGAUAUAGGAAUGCAAGUUUCCCUUUUUUAUGGCUUAACUUUUUCCAUCAAAAGAUGAGUAAAUAUCACUUUCAGAAAUACUACAGGGGAAUUGGUAGGUGAAGUUUUGCAUUUAUAAUUGAUUUGUGGAUACAGUUCUUGCACAAAGGAAGCGUACUUCAAAUAUUCAUUUUCUCGGUGAGUGUUCCAGUGGAUUUCAAUGAAGUCGAGAGCCUUACACUACAGAGAUGCUUUAUGGGUUGUCUGUGUGCAUUCUUCAGUGGUAAGAAUUACAUCUCUGAAGCCUACUCUACCUCUAUAAAUAUGUGCUAUCUUGGGUGAGCUCCAUAGUUUAAUAACUUAACUGCUUAAAAAAUAGAAUCUGUCAAAUAAUGAAAAAUAUCCUAUGCACAGGAAAAUGAGGGGAGCUGACUUUAUAUAUAAAUUCUUACCAAUUCUAAAUUUUGUAUUGAACUUUAUUAGAAAUUACAUUAAUUACAGUGUCUGGAAGAUAGUGACUUUCAUCUUAGAAGAUUAUGGGAGAAGAUUACUCAUAUUGCAAAACUACCGUUAACCUAGCGGUAAAAGCUUACACAAGUGAGCAAAUGUGUUCUGGCAGGUUUAAAGAGGAGAGGUGGAAUAGACAGAACACACGUGUAGAGACCCAGGUGUCUUCUGCUGCUGUGGCUGGAACUACAGACUGAUACGUAGCAGAAAGGUUUAGGUACUUCUGUAUCUCUGUUCACAGUGGAAAACAAAACUUUAACACUUUCAAGCUCCAUAAAAUGAGUUAUCGGUUGUAGAUUGCUGUAUGUUGAGGACUUUUUCUCAUGGACUUACGUGUGUUUUAAGUAUAUGUACCUACAAGCUGUCCAUAAAAGAUAAUUUAAUAGAGAAGUUUGUAAAAUUGUUUUGUGAUGCUUGUGCUGAGCCAUUUGGAGGAAAAUAAAGGGCUGUUUGACAAUUACUCCAGCUUAGGAUCUGGUGCAGUGUUAGCUGCUGGUGAAAGCCAUCGAUAAAGCAAAUAGAAAGAGACUAGAAUUUUCAGAUGAAAAAAUGCAAGUGUGGGAGACUUUGACAGCCCUCUUUCAUAUUUUAAUAGCCUACUGUACAACAUCCUUAUCUGGCUACAAGGAACUUCAUGAGGAAGGAUUUGUUCCUGAUGGAGUGUCUCUGCCUAUGGAACACAUUUGACAGCUAGAAAAAGAACAGUAGUUCAUUGCUGAGAUCCUGACAGCAGGCAAAUGGAAAAAGUGAUCAAUACGUAUGAACUUUAAUGUUCAUCCAAACCUGGGUAAAGUCUCUUUGUUGAACAGAUGACGGCCUUAGGAUUUUCUGAAAGCAACUUGAAGGUUCUUUUUAUAGUAGAGGAAAUGAAAGCUGUGCUGCUUGGGAUGUUGAGAGAUGUGGGAUUAAGCAUUGAAUCACACUUUCAGGUAGUAACACUUGGUGAGGUUUCUUACCCAUUACAAAUCUCUACUAGCUACCUCCUUUGACAUUCUUGCCCUGUUUAUAACCACCAAGCACUUUAUAGCUCAGUGAAGAAUGGAAGGUAGCUACAAAGAAUAAAUUGUAUUGUUUGGUAUAAGAAAUAUUUUGGCAAAAUUUCUUUUGUGAUCAGUUUCAUUGUGUGUUCUCCUGCACUGAGAGGGCAUCUAAUUAUAACACUGUAUUUCAAUUUUUAAUCUAGUUGUAAAGGAAAUGUCUUUAAGAGAGUGAACUAUGAAGAGUUCAACAUGGCUUGGUAUCAACCAUAAAAUGAUUGUGUGCUAUUUAUAACUUCCUACUUAUGGAAAGUACAAAAGAAAAUAAAAUAUUUUGUAGUGUAUCUUUAUUUUUAACCUAUAUGUGGGAUGUCAAACAUUGUACUUGUCUUGUGGACAGGCAUGCUUUUAUGAGCCUAUAAGUAUUUAAGUAUAUGAGAAUCUGCACCCAGGUGGAACAUGUUGCAUGUAAAUUGUCUUCUAAGUUUUUAAAUUUUGGUAUUUUAAAGAAUUUGCUAGGUUUGAAAGCAACACUUAAAUAUUAAUUCUAAGCUGUAAUACAGAACGUAACAUUUUUAAUGCAAUGCGGGAUAUAUUGGUUUUGUUUGUGACUGUAUUCCAGUUUCACAAGGCAAAUCCAUCAUAUGAAUAGGGGGAAAGGAGGAAAAGGGCUAAUCGUGAGCUCAGCUAUAUAAUUUGCACACUUAAUAUGCACACGUUCAAAUAUCCUGGAUUUGCUUCUGGCAUGCAUAUACCAAACAGUGUGUUCUUCAAUAUCUACAGAAGCUUAUAUAUGUAAAAUAAUUUGACACAAGCACAGCUAACCUGAUAUAAAACCAAAUUACAAAAACUGUUGGGAACAAAGGAGUUACAAGUUAGGCAUAAAUAAUGGAGCCCGUAAUUCAAACAGGUUUACAUAAUCUUCUGUAUAAAAAAAACUUGAUAAAUAUGUCUAACUUACGUGCAGAGCAAGGACAAAAACUGUAGAUUUGGCUAGAUUGAUUUCUGGAAAAUCUUGACAAUCUGGUUUGCAGUAAAUACUAAUACUGUCACAAAAUGUCAGGAUCACACUAUUAAAUUCAAACAGUGUGGCCUGAUUGUAGUAGCAAUCCUUACCACGGCACAAGAACUUUGAAAUGCAAUAUAACAAUUCUGCAGAUCAGUGAUAGAAGUAAUCAGUCAUAAUAAGGUGAAUGGUUAAGUAUUAUGGGUUUAAAUUUACUUUUUGUUAUAAAAACCCUCUGAAUUAUUUGUUUGCAUUUCAGUGAUAUUGUAAAGCAUUUCUGUGUUUUGUUUGAACAGUUUAGGAGCUUGCAUAAAAUUAUAUUGGCUGAUUUUUUUUUCUUUUUUUUUCCCCCUUUGAUAUAUGCAAUAAUGUCAAUAAGCAAUAAAUUGCAUGUUGUAUGCAAAGUAUCGGUACUUCAUAAUAAAGGAAAGGAACACA